AUGGCGCGGCGUAGAGUCAACGCCCCCGUUGGCGUGGCAGGCUUCCCGUUUCUGCCGGGCUUGGUCCCGGGGCUGCCCGGCGUAGCCCUGGACGUCGGGGCCACGGUCAGAGUCGAGGUCGACGCCGUGGCGAGGGAAGCUACGCCCGCCAACGAUGACGACGACGAUGACACCCGACGCGACACUAACGCAGGCACGGCUCCUGCCGCCCCCGAGGACGGCAGCAGCGCCAGCCACGCCCAGCUCGAUGACACCGAGCCCGCGGACGGGACCCGCGCGCCGGACAGCGAUCGCCGAGAAGAACCCGAGGGCGCGGCCGAGCGCGGAAACCCUGCCUCUCCCCCUCGACCGCAGAGGGCAGACCUGGCCUCCGACCGGGCCGCCCAGCGCAAGCGCCGGCACGCCGAGCUCGACCGCGAGCUGGACGAGCGUUGGGGCCUCGCGGGAAAAUAG